CAGCGUUCGUCGUUGAAGCCACUGCUUCCUUGGCUGUGUGUUUCUUUCCCGUCUUCUAACUACUUCUUUGAAAGGGGUUUUGACCGUAAUGCGAAUGACAGUCGGCGAGGGACAGAGAAAUCUUUCAUGUAGUUGAAACACUUGAAGAGUGGACUCGAUGGAGGUCGUGGACAGCCCUCUCAACCUCGCUCACCAGCAGUGUAGGAAGGCAGAUCGCCUGCUAGCAGCAGGGAAGUAUGAGGAGGCCAUCUCCUGCCAUGGCAAGGCAGCAGAUCUACUGAGAGAUGCCAUGAAGUUAACAGAGUGUGAGCAGGCUCGUUUGUCCAUGGAACUGCAGAGGGACAGCCAUGUCAAACAGCAGCGUCUCAUCCAGGAGCGCUGGAAGAGAGAGGCCCGCCGUGAGGCCACCAAAACCCGACUGGGCCCCGUCCCGCCCUCCACUGGCCCGACCCCGCUCACAAAAACUCUUGCCACAUGCCAACUCCAACCACAAGCCUCCGCCGGCCUCGUUCCCGCCGAGUGUGGAGGAAUCAGGGAAAGAGAGUACGACACCUUAAUCUACCAGUUUCAAACUCGACAGGCCGGGGGCUCCCUGCCUUUCCCUCCACCCUGCCCUGGCUCUAAGACCACUAAAGAUGACAAAACUCGCCUGGAAGAACAAGAGACCAUUAUCGUGGGCCUGCGGAACGACAUUGACCGCCUGACGUACGAAAACCAGUGGCUGACAGCGGAGAACGAGCGACUGCGCUUGGAAAACUCCCGGCUCCGCUCCGAGGCGGCCGAGGCGGCUGAGGCGGCGGACUUCGUGGAACGCUCUGAGCUGUGGGUCCUCCCGCAGUCAGGAGGCGCUAUAGGAGCAGGAGGCGGGCAGGAGACAAAAACCACUGGGAAGGGAAAAGAGAUUGCCAUCCCUCAGCUGCCACCUCUGGAGAUGCCGGCUCAGGAAGAUCUGUGUCUGGACGACCUGCCGCCACUGGAGCUGCCAGAGGACAUCCAGAACGAACUGCAGGAGCUACUGGACAGGGACAAACUGUGAUUAGACAAAUUAUGCGUGCACACACACACACACACACACACACACACACACACACACACACACAUACAGGCACUAGGGUUCGACUGAUAUCAGUUUUUAAAGCCAUUUCCAAUACCAGUCAGCCAGCCAGUACCAGUGGUAUUGUGCACUGAUAUUCAGUACAAUUAAAGUUUGCAGUUCUCAUGUCCAUAAUUCACAAAGUGUGGAAAACCCUCAUGAGACACUAAAACUUUCCACUGAAACCCAGGAUAAACGUAGUACUAACUAAAUCCAAGUAAAGGGCAUCGUAUCAGUGGUGGACUACACAGACUGAGCCACCCAUUUUUAAUAGAAAGACUAUAUCAAACACACAUAUUGGUCUAACCCUAAUGUACACACACAUGCUACACACACACACACACACACACACAGACAGGGACAAACUGCAGUGGGACUCAGUCACUGGAAAGCAUAUUGCUGCUGCCAAAGGAAAAAAAACACGUAACUGCUAUUUCGUUUUCAAUUAAAUUUUAUUUGUGCAGCGUCAAAUCAUAACAAAAGUUAUAUGAAGUCGCUUUACAGAAACUCAUCAGAUCUUGGCCAAAUCCAUGGACUAAAAUCUCCCCAAGAGCAAGCACAGGGCGACAGUGGUGAGGAAAAAACCUUUUUCAUUUGAAAAUUGAAAAACAAAAUAUAGUUGUUCAUGUGCGUGUAGUGAAUUUUCAUGACACGGCACUUGAAACCUUAAAAAAAGCUGUUUAAUUUUUAAAGAAAUGUAAAGUGACCAAUUAGACAAUUAGUAUUCUUUCCUUGUCUCUGUAAAAGAUUAUUUUGCAGAUGUUUUUUGUGUGACAACAGCAAUAUGCAGAGAGUCUUCUGCAAGCGCACACACACACACACACACUCACUCACAGGGGGGAUGGGGGCAAACUGGGAUAGAGCUACAUGGCAUGAAGGCUUGGAGAAGCAUGUAGAUUUAAACACACACAUGUGAAUGAGACAUACAGACAUACACUCACUGCUUGUUUCCACUGUGAGCAACUCGGUUGGUGUGUCACCUGUCGUGACCUGUGGUGGGAGGGCCAGAGGCUCCGACUGCAUCAGCUGCAAAGUUUUAAACAGUCAAAUCAUGUUUUUUUUUUCUCUGUUUUGGUUUUGACUUAAUAACAUUUAAUCAUUUUGAUGCAUUAACAUGCUUACCUAGCAAGUGACAAUUAAUGAGGCAGCGUUUCUUUGAAAAUAAGAGUUCACCAUUGACCAUAAUGAUGUAUAGACAUUUCAUCGUGUAGUUCUUAAAGCAAAGCUGAUCUUUGUUGGCUUGUCUAGCUCCCUGGGUGUGAUAUGAGUCCAUGGUGGGGAAAUCUCCUCAUCAGCUGCUCUCUGCUAAUCCACAAUACUGGAUUUCUGUUUGACUUCCAUAGCAUGAAAAACAAGUCCCAAAAUAACACUUUCAGUACCUAAAUACAAACAAGGCAUAUUUUGCCAAUAUAAAAAGAGCAUUUCCUGGUACCCAUUUUUUAUCAAUUAUUUGUAAAAGUACUGUCACCUCAUUUCUUCCUGGUGCAAGUCCACUAUGCAAGAGACACUACUUGCCGGAUCUACUUUCCAAUUCAUACAUAUAAGCUUAUAUAUAAGCACAUAUAAUAUCACAUACAAAAUGUUAUUUUGAAGCUGUUUUGCUGUUGGAGUGAAUGGAGAGAUAGAAAUCCAGUAUUGUGGGUUAGUAGCCCAGGAGAGCACAGAGCCACUAAAAAGGAGAUUUCACCACGAUGUGGACUCAUAUCACCCAGGCAACUAGACAACCCAACAAUACACCAGUGUUCAGUUGUAUCUUUAAAAUACACACUUUUGAGUGGCUGGAAACAGUGUCUCAUGCCUUUUUAAGUUGACAGGCAGAGCUGUUGUUUAUGAUCUUAAAUCAGUUUAAUAGGGAAACCAGGAAAUGUGAAAAUCUGAUUGGCUGUUGACAGCCAGUGACUGUGAAAAGUUCAGUUGUAGGUGUCUUUUCUCUGCUGGUCACUCAGCUCCACAGAAAACGAAUGGACUUCUGCUCACUCAGUGAUCUUGUUGCUCACAAUGUGAACGCACAGUCAGUGGCAUGCCAAGGUGCACACUUUUGCACACUCUGACGCAUUUGCACAGACUGACGGACACACACUUCCAGGGGUGUAUUUCCUCACUGAAGCAGUAAUGAUAUACAGAAUGGGCUGAAAACAGGACAGAGCUAUGCUGCAUUCACAGCCUGUAGGAAAGAUUGAAGACGUUUUCCAUCUUAAAACAAUUAAAUAUUACCUUAGCUUUGUGUAAUACGCCAUCCUAUAGGGCUUUCAUAAGCUUUGCACCUGUAGUCAGGUGUAGGAAAUAAUACAUUCAUGUCAAAUCAUAUAGAAUUGAAUAAAUAUUUUAAGGUCACAGCUUUUACAGUGCCAUAGAAAGACAGUUCUGCUUGCCAGAGUUUUAGUUGGUGCUUGACAUUACAAUGUUUGAUUUGCUGUCAAACAAAAGGCUAAUCUGCACAGAACUGAACCGUCAAGUCAUUCAGAUGGUUUUUCCCAUAGGGUGUGAAUGCAGCAUAAAGACACGCGCACACACACACACACACACACACACCUCAUAAUUACAGUAUAUUACAGCUAAAGGGAGUCACUUCUUGCUUUUAUUGGGUGGUCAGAGCACAAAAUAAAAGCAAAGUUAAAUGUAUGGCUGGCUGGCCAGCAUUUAAUAAAAGUAGCUGAAACGGUAACAAUAACCCACCAACCUUCAGAAACUUUUUACCCUGUUAACAAACCCGUGCCUUUGAAAACUUUGAUCUGUGAUGGCAGUUGUGUCUUUGGAUUCUCAGAUGGAAAAACCAGUUGUCUUUUGACAGGGUGGCUCUUCAAACUGACUGACAAGCAGACAGAUGAACAAGCUGACUGAAAAUAACAAGUUUAAAAACAUCUCAGCUCUAAGCGUGCUGCAGUCCACUGGCUUUUGAUCAGAGCUAGGUAUCAGAAAACAACAUUUGGAUUUGUGACCCAUUAGUUGGUAGGGACAGGUAUCAGAGAGUGUUGGCUUGUAUAGUGACCCGGGCUCUCCUGAGUCCACAUGGUGGUGAAAUCUCCCCAUUAGUUGCUCUCUGCUCUCCUGGGCUGAUACUCUAUAAUAAUGUACUUAGAUCUUUCCAUUCACUUUCAUUUCAAAACAACUCCUAAAAAACACUUUUAGAACAGAAACAAAUGUAAACAACCGCAAAGAAAAACAAGUCCUGGUAGCCUUUUUUGUGUAAUUAUAUUUAUUUAUGAAAGUACUUUGUCAUUUCUUACUGGUGCAAAGUUGCUAUGUGGAUGUUUUCUGCAGACCCUACCUGCCGGAUCUACUUUCCAAUUCAAAUAGGAAAAUAACAAGAAAAGAGACAUUUAAUUUCCUCAGAAAGUAGGUACUGGGACUUGGUCUGGACUGGAACUUCAUUAUUGGCAUAAUCAACUUUAUUCACAUUCAUUGAUGUUGUAAAAAUGUUGUUUGCGUUAUUUUGUUUUGCUGUGGAAGUGAAUGUAGAGAAACAAUCCAGUGUUGUGGAUUAGCAGGCCAGGGCAGCACAGAGCAGCUGAUGAGGAGAUUUCACCACCAUAUGGACUCACAUCACACUCAGGUAGCGACACAACCCAACGCUCUGCCAGAGUUCAGUUUUGCUUUCAUCAAGGGUUCAACCAUAAAACCAAUAUUUUGUGCAAAUUUUCUCUGAACAGAACCAUUUGAAAUGUCUUCACAUGUGACUGUGAUGCCAAAAAACAUUCUAAAGAACGACCACUAUGCAUCAUCCCUCAAAAUUUGCUAAAGUGAUGCAUUUUUGUAAUUCCACACAUACAUCCAUCAGGUAUAGAAAUGGUAUGUGGAGGUAUUAUGAACAUCAGGAUCAUCACACUUGCAGCAAAGCGGCUUUCUGAAAAUGACCAGUGGAUCAAAAUGCUUAGAGACAGUUGGUUUUGAACCUGUAGACAGUGAAGGGAUACAACCCUCUCUCUCUCUCUCUCUUUCUCUCUCUCUCUCUCUCUUUCCCUCCUCUUACACUCAGUGAAACUCUCUUCAGAUGAAGACACUUAAUUGUUGAUGGUUAUGUGUGUUAUUAUUAUUAUUGUAUGUGAUGUGUGUGAUUUGGAGUAAUCAUUUGGAGGACUGUGUUGUUGGUAUGUUUGAGUUAUACCACCAGAAAGACUGAAUAAUGUCCUCUUCAGUGUGUUUUAUUAAACGUGUGUGUGAAACUUGACUGGGGUUCAACCGAUGUUGAGGUUUGAAGGCUGUUGCCAUUACUGUUAUUUUGAUUUUUGAUUUUUUUUUUUUUUUUUUUUUUACCAACAACAGAUCAUUUACGCCAAUGUCUUUAAAUAUAAACAUUUUCACACCCCAAAAAUGCCAAUACUCCGUUUUGCAACUCGAUUUUUUUAUUCUUGUGAGGGUGGAAACGCAUUUUGACCAUCAUGGGACACCAAAUCUCUCCACUGACACCCAGGAUGAUGAUGAUGAUAAAACAUAUUGAUGCAUGCUUGUGUGGAAUCUGUUCAGGUCAACGGUGUCCCAUAGACAACUGGUGUAUUAUUGAUCAGUUCUACAGGAAAUAUGUUAUCAGUCAUAUCAGCUUUGAGCAGAUCCCAUUUGUAAUAAAAAGGAUCUCAUCAGGCCUGUGUAUCGGUCUAACCCUGAGUCAGUCCUCUCUUCUCUUCUGUCAUCCUUUUGCAAGUCCUGUUUUCUGCACUCCUCAUGCUCUGUAGUCUCCGUUCUCCAUGCCGCUCCUGUCUUUUUACCAGCCUGUGAAGGGAUCAGGGUCAUUUUUUUGUUUUUGUGUAGUUUAUUUUGUUAAUUUGACAGAAAAUCCGCAUUAAAUGUAUUUGCUUGUCCCAAUGCAGUGCAAUAUGUUGUUUGGCAUUUCUAGUUAGUCUCUGCAGCUAACUAGCAUUAUUAACAUGGUCUUGUUUUGCCUUAUAAAGGGAGAGGCCCAGAUGAAGGCAAAGUGUCAAGUUUCUCAUUGGUUUUAUGACAUUUGUAGGGUUGGAAACCAGUAUGACUCACAACACCUGGAUUAGGGGUUUUCAGUUUUCUUUAAUCCUCAGACUUUCAGUAAGCCUAUACACCCCCAUUUGACCUGAAUUUGCCCUCAGGACCAUGAUAUGAAAAUUUUAAGACAAAAACAAAAAAAAGAUUUAGUCCCUUAAAACCUGGCUAAUUCUCCUGAUUCCUUUACAAGACACCAGGGGAGAAAAGUGAUUAUUGGGAUUACUGGAACCUCAGAAAAGUAUCAGAACGUUAGGGGAAAAAAAUUGCAAAGAAAUGACCAGAAAACUUUAAUAAAAUGAAGUAAAUAAAAAAUGCCAAAAAGGAAACAUGACAACAAAACUGUGUUUGUAAUCAUGAAAUAAUAUAAUUAUUGUCAGAUUCCUUGAGUCUCAGCGCUUUGACAAACAUUUAAACUAUUCCUUAUUUUACUAAGGACCCCCUGAAAUACCCUUGAGGACCCCUGAGGGCCCCAGACCCCGCUUUAAUAACCACUGAUCUAGAUGAGGACUCACUUUGGUCCGUUUGAACAGCUGAUUGCUUUUUUCCCCCUAUUUACUUUAAUGGAACUCUUUUGCUGCAUUGAUUUGUUUAUAGGGAUAAUAAGAGUUAGUGGUCAGUUUCUCCAGUUUCUGCAAUUUCCUCCAGAACAGCAGCUUUUUUUUCCCAAAUUGACUUCCACUUCUUAUGUAGCUUUUAGCCUAUCGCAGCUGCAGCCUGGACUUUUAUAAGCAGCUAAUAUGACUUGUGGCUGCAUUGCAUUCUGGUCUAAUCUCUGCUACUUUCAAUGGGGAAAUGGGUAUCUUCUGUGGUGGAUGUCUGCUAGUAUGACUGUGGAACAUCGGUGCAAUAUGGUCAAGACAGAAGCUCUUACUCUUUGCUGGCUACCUACAGAAAUUAGAAACAUAUAUCACAAAUCAUCAAAAUGUACCCCGAAAUGAAUAUGCAUCACUAAUAGUCGUUUUAGCCGUGGUAAAAUACAGUAGUUCAGGGGGAAUUUUCCCCAAAGACCUGGACUCCAGGCUGAUGGGUGUGGGAAAUCAGAAUAAAGGCACAAUAUGAAAAAUGCCGGUCAGUUUUUCAGGUCCUACUGUCUACCCUGGCAGGCAACCCUCGAUUUCUGGAAUAAUUUCCAUGUGUCUGAAGUAGUGAAAGUGGCCGGUGAAUCCCUACUUCACUGCAGCUGAGUGAGGUGGACGAUGAAGGUCAGUUUCAGUUUCGAUCCAGCUCAGGCUCUGUGGAUGCAACAUUUUCAGGGUAACACUUUGCCUGGGAUAUGCACAAGAGUGGUCUCAAGUCAGUGGACAUCCACAGUGUUUUCUGUACGUCAAGCCGAUAAUAUGAAUCAGGGAUAUGUGUAGUUUGUACUGAACACCAGCCUGGGGGGAUUUUACACUAGGUAUGGAUUCAGUUCAUAUUAAAGCAAACUUGAACUCUGGUAGAGUUGGCUUGUGUA